GAGUAAUCCGAGCUGCUGCGCGCCGUGGUGAAACCCGGAGGGGGGGAACGUCACUCCCUCUGGCAGCGGAGCAACAUUAGUCUUCCAGCCCUCUAACCAUCGCUACAGCGUCGGAAACUGCCGGGUCACAGCCAUUUGCUUUGGAAAAUUGGCGAUGUUUGGUGCUAGAGAUCGAUUACCCUCGUAAUCUUUCCCCCACCUCCUCCUGCUUUACCCCACCCCUACCCGCCCCAGACAAUAGCGUCCACGGUCCGCCGGGGAAAAAAAUAGAAAAGAAAGCAAGGAAAGAAAGAAAGAAAGAAAGAAAGAAAGAAAGAAAGAAAAAGAAAGAACUGGGGGAUGGAUCUGACUCCGAUAGGAAAAGCGUGUGUCUAGAAGUGGUGCUAAUGGGAAGAGAUUUCCGAGCUCCAGAGGACGAUGGUUUCUCACAAAGGGUAGCUGGCUCGGUGCUCGGGGCUGCAACCGUGUAGGAGAUCCUUGGAGAAGUCCUUGUGCACAGAAAGCCGAAGAUCUGUACAAACAUGCCUGUUCGCAGAGGCCAUGUGGCACCACAAAACACAUUUUUGGGUACAAUCAUACGAAAAUUUGAAGGGCAAAAUAAAAAAUUCAUCAUUGCUAAUGCUAGAGUGCAAAACUGUGCUAUCAUCUACUGCAAUGAUGGGUUCUGUGAGAUGACCGGGUUCUCCAGGCCAGAUGUCAUGCAAAAACCUUGCACCUGUGAUUUUCUUCAUGGACCAGAGACCAAAAGACAUCACAUUGCUCAAAUUGCUCAAGCACUGCUGGGGUCAGAGGAGAGGAAAGUGGAAGUCACCUACUAUCACAAAGAUGGGUCUACCUUCAUCUGCAACACCCACAUAAUCCCCGUGAAAAAUCAAGAGGGAGUAGCAAUGAUGUUUAUUAUUAACUUUGAGUACGUAACAGAUGAAGAGAACAUUUCAUCUCCUGAGAAGUGCAACCCAAUACUGCCAUCUAAACUCGUAAAUCAUGGUAACAACCUUUCGAGUGGCUCUUCUUCAGGCAAACUUUUUGGGUUCCGGUUACCUGGAUUGAGACUUUUAACAUAUAGAAAACAGUCCUUACCACAAGAGGAUCCCGAUGCAGUGAUAAUCGACUCAUCUAAGCACAGUGAUGACUCAGUGGCUAUGAAGCACUUUAAAUCACCUACAAAAGAAAGUUGUAGUCCUUCAGAAGUGGAUGACACAAAAGCACUGAUUCAACCAAGUGAAGGUUCACCUUUGGUUAAUAUAUCAGGACCUCUCGACCAUUCAUCACCUAAGCAGCAAUGGGACAGACUUUACCCAGACAUGAUACAGACAAGCAAUCCACUAACCCAUUCCAGAUCAAAGGAAAGCAUAUGUAGCAUACGGAGAGCAUCUUCAGUACAUGACAUAGAAGGAUUUAACGUCCACCCGAAGAACAUUUUUAGGGACCGUCAUGCAAGUGAAGACAAUGGUCGCAAUGUCAAAGUUUCACGUUCCUGGAUGGCAGGGGGGCCUUUUAAUCAUAUCAAAUCAAGUCUGUUGGGAUCCACAUCGGAUUCAAAUCUCAACAAGUACAGCACAAUCAACAAAAUUCCUCAACUCACCCUGAACUUUUCAGAUAUCAAAAAUGAAAAAAAAUCUUCAUCUCCUCCUUCUUCGGAGAAAGCAAUUAUUGCACCUAAGGUGAAAGAUCGAACGCACAAUGUAACAGAGAAGGUUACCCAGGUUCUAUCCUUAGGGGCUGAUGUUCUACCAGAAUAUAAACUCCAAACACCUCGCAUCAACAAGUUUACUAUAUUGCACUAUAGUCCUUUUAAAGCUGUCUGGGACUGGCUAAUUUUGUUGCUGGUAAUAUAUACCGCCAUAUUCACCCCUUAUUCUGCUGCCUUCCUUCUGAAUGAUAGUGAGGAACGGAAGAGAAGAGAGUGUGGAUAUUCUUGCAGCCCACUGAAUGUUGUAGACUUAAUUGUGGAUAUUAUGUUUAUCAUUGACAUUCUAAUCAACUUCAGAACAACAUAUGUAAACCAGAAUGAAGAAGUGGUAAGUGACCCAGCAAAAAUAGCAAUUCACUACUUCAAAGGCUGGUUCCUAAUUGACAUGGUUGCUGCAAUACCUUUUGACCUGCUGAUUUUUGGCUCUGGCUCUGAAGAGACAACAACAUUAAUAGGUCUUCUGAAGACAGCUAGACUGCUGCGUUUGGUGAGGGUAGCACGGAAAUUGGACAGAUAUUCAGAAUAUGGUGCUGCAGUUCUGAUGCUCCUUAUGUGCAUAUUUGCACUAAUUGCACACUGGCUUGCUUGUAUUUGGUAUGCCAUUGGAAAUGUAGAAAGACCUUACUUGGCUCACAAAAUUGGCUGGCUGGAUUCUUUAGGAGAGCAAUUAGGAAAACACUACAAUAAGAGUGAUGCAAGUUCUGGACCAUCCAUCAAGGACAAAUACGUUACAGCACUUUAUUUUACAUUCAGCAGUCUGACAAGUGUAGGAUUUGGAAAUGUUUCUCCAAACACCAACUCAGAGAAAAUCUUUUCCAUCUGUGUCAUGUUGAUUGGCUCAUUAAUGUAUGCGAGUAUUUUUGGAAACGUAUCUGCAAUAAUCCAAAGACUCUAUUCAGGAACUGCACGAUAUCACAUGCAGAUGUUGCGAGUAAAGGAGUUUAUACGCUUUCAUCAAAUCCCUAAUCCUCUGCGGCAGCGACUUGAGGAAUACUUCCAGCACGCAUGGACAUACACCAAUGGCAUUGACAUGAACAUGGAGGUCCUGAAGGGUUUUCCAGAAUGCUUACAAGCCGACAUUUGCCUGCACCUUAACCAAAAUUUGCUUCAGAAUUGCAAAGCUUUCCGUGGGGCCAGUAAAGGCUGUCUUCGAGCCUUGGCUAUGAAAUUUAAGACAACACAUGCUCCUCCUGGAGACACUUUAGUGCACUGUGGAGAUGUUCUCACUGCUCUUUACUUCGUGUCAAGAGGCUCCAUUGAAAUUCUUAAGAGUGACAUUGUUGUAGCCAUUCUUGGAAAAAAUGAUAUUUUUGGAGAGAUGGUACAUCUUUAUGCAAAACCAGGAAAGUCAAAUGCAGACGUGAGGGCUUUAACGUACUGUGACUUGCAUAAGAUCCAGCGAGAAGAUCUACUAGAAGUUUUGGAUAUGUAUCCUGAAUUUUCUGAUCUUUUCCUCACAAAUCUAGAACUGACAUUUAAUCUGAGAGACGAAACUGCAAAGUCUGACAUCAUAAUAAGAUCACAAACUACUAAUGAUACAAAUGGAGAUAACUGCAAACUACGAAGACGGAAAUUGUCCUUUCAAAGUGAAAGAGAAAAAGAUUAUUUCAAAGAAAAUGAUCAGAGUGAUCCUGAACCCACGGGGGACAACUCCAGAUACUAUCAAUCUAUUAAGAAACACUUUGAGGAGAAAAAAAGUGGCUCAUCGUCAUUUGUGUCCUCCAUUGAAGAUGAGCAAAAACCCCUGUUCUCUGGGGUAGCUGAUUACCCAUCUGUAACAGAGAAAACUACAGAGCUGGACCUUGAAGAAAUGAUUCAUGCAACAGAAGAAAUUCUUACUGACAAAAGAACUGACUCUUGCAAAGAUAUCACUGAUAAAAGAAACUGGGAGGAACAGAACAUGAGGGAAUACCAAGACUCGCCAAGUCACUCAGCAUUACCCCAUGUUACAUGGGGUAUCUGUGAUACUGAAAGUGACUAUGUAUAUGGAGAAGUGGAGAAUCGAUUAGAUUUACUUCAAGAACAACUCAACAGGCUUGAAUCCCAGAUGACUGCUGAUAUCCAAACCAUACUGCAGAUUCUGCAGAGGCAAUCCACGCUCAUUCCACCUGCCUACAGCAUGGUGACUGCAGGUGCAGAAUAUCAACAGCCAGCAAUCCGGUUUACACAAAAGCUUCAUCCUGUAGCAUCAAUUAAAACAGACAGAAGUUUCAGUCCUUCAUCUCAGUGUCCUGAAUUUCUAGACCUUGAAAAAUCGAAACUUAAAUCCAAAGAAUCUCUCUCAAGUGGAGUACACCUUAACACAGCCUCAGAAGACAACCUGGCUUCCUUUUUAGAUCAAGAACGUGACCAGUCUGCAGAGUCUCCCCCACAGCAUCCUAAACCUUAUCUCCCAUCAAUCAGGCACCCUUCCUUGCCAGAAUGUUCAGUAAGCACUGUAGGAAUCUUGAGUCUUCAUAGGCAUGUUUCUGAUCCUGGUCUUCCUGGGAAAUAGUACUUUUAUACUAUAAUUUCACAUAAAAUGUAAGUGCUUUUAAUGGCUGUUUUUCCUUUUUUUGUAUUUAAAUCCUCUAUACUUGACUCAGGGGCUACAAGGAAUAUAUAUGCAAAAGUACUGUAUAUUUUCCUAAAUCUGAAGCUUGUAAGGUAAAGUCGAGCAGUUCUGAUGUAAAUAUAUAUAUACACACACACACUAACUGUAUGUUCCAAAUGUAAAACUGCCAGCAUUCUCAAGGCACCUUAUAUUUUUAUUUUUUAUUAAAUUACAUGCAUGUUCUGAGAUUACAGUUUACAUUGCAUGGAGACAACCAUUUACUGCUGUCACAGAAACAGUAUUUUAUUGUGGAUAUGUCUUCAGAGCAAAUAGGAAAACAAUAACAAUAAUUUACAUAGGGAAAAACUCCUACCUGACCAAGCUAAACUCCAAGUAAAAACUUCUAGCUCACUUUUGAAAAUUUGGGUUGACUUUCCUGUAGUGAGCUUUUUACAAUAAAUGGUAAUGAUUCUGCACUUCGAAAAAGAAUAAGGUAACCAAAUCUUCUGGGUUCAAAACAAUUAGGACUUAGAAAGCAGCCUCUUUCCAAACCAGCUGAAACAGGGCAGGACUUUAACAGUGAGGAAAACUGCCACAUGCUGGAAAGUAUCACCACAGACUGCAUCCACAAAACUACAUUAACUGAAUAGUUUGUUUUCAGUACUACUUCAUUUUAUUUUAUUCACAUCAUAGAAGUUAACUGUCAUGAGCAGGCAGGUACUCUUCAUCUGUCACACAAACAUAAUCAAAUGCAAUAAAUCUAAUUUCUAUAUAAUAAA